AUGACUGACUUCAAGACCCAUCUGGCAAGCGAGCUCGUCUCAGAGCAGAAAACAGUCUCUUACCGAACGCUCUCCCGCGCAGUACGAGUGCAUGCCAACGUCGCGAAAUGCAUGUUGUUUGAAUUCUAUGAGGAGCAGACUAAGAGGAGACCUGGGAGUGUAUAUGCCACAUAUCUGCUAUCCGGCACCAAGAGACGCGUGGAAGCCCCGAACGGAAUCACGAAGUCCAAUGGCAAACCCGAUGAGGAUCAACCCAUGCCCUCAAGUCCACCGAUUCCAUCUAGCUCGAUGGUUGACCCGUCGCAGCAAGAAAGCAUCACAGCUGAGCACGAAGACGUGAAAGUGAGGACUGUCACGUUGGUUCGAGAGGAAAACCUAGAAGAGGUAAAGCGAAGUUACGAAGCCAUAUCAUCGAUACAUAUCUACAGCCUCUCACCAGGGAAAAUCCCAGAUCUAGUCGAACUGACUGAUCUUGGGCGGGGUCUAUAUACGGAUGUGUUCGCAAAAGAGGAUCCUUUGACGAGCAACAAGACCUACGGAGUGAUUCAGAAUCCCCUGGUCCGGCGGCGAAAGGGAAAACGCCCAAUCGUCCCAACCGCAGCGUCCUCCAAGUUCCAGGCAGUUAAGGACGUCAAGCCCGCCAGUACUGUCAAGGAAGCGCCCAAACCCGCAGCUAAAUCGGGUGGCAUCGCUGCUAGCUUCAACAAGUCUACGCCGACCCUCAAGAAAGAAGAAACUGCCUCCCGGCCCUCAUCUCGUGAUAGUACAUCUACGUCUGCCUCGAAGCCAACGCUGAAACGUGAUGCAUCCGACAUCUUCAAGGCCUUCGCCAAGGGCAAGACGAAGAAGGACGCCGCCAAAAAUUCACAGGACGCAGACACGCCGAUGUCCGGUCUCGGUGACGACGAUGACGAGGGUGAAUCAGAGGAAGAGGCCUUGUUUCUAGACACGGGCAAGAAGCAGGCCGCCAAAAAGCGCACGAGCGAAGUGAAGAAAGAGCGAGACGACAAGGCCGCCAAGCUGCGGAAGAUGAUGGAUUCUGACGACGAGGAAACGAAGCCACCGAUAUCUGAGGCCGCAGCAGCUCCGGCCGAGGAGGCCCCUGCAGCAGUCGAGGCCGAAGAGAAGGACCCUGACGCUGUCGAGUGGUCCGAAUCCGAUACCGAGGCAACGAAGCCGAAGAGGGCAGCGCAAGAACCGGCAGAGCCUGAGGGCGAGAAACGUCGUCGUGGCAAGAGGAAGGUGACGAGGAAGCGCACCAUGAAGGACGAGGACGGCUAUUUGGUCACCAAGGAAGAGGAGGUGUACGAAAGCUUCAGCGAAACGGACGACGAGGGGUCAAAGCCGAAAGCGAAGCAGGCGUUUGGCGGAUUCGGUGCCAAGGGAGCAGCUAGUCAGGGCAGCAAGGGCAGCCAGAAACCCGCUGCUGGUGGCGGGAAGAAGGCAGGUGGUGGUGGCGGCGGGGGCAGUGGGAAGAAGGAUAUCAUGAGCUUCUUUGGCAAGAAAUAA